AUGUUCUCGUUCGGCUCGUCCAGCAAGAGAGGCGGUGGCAGCUCCAAUAAAAGCGAGGACACCAACCCCGCGAAAACGUCGAACAACAACGUUUUGUCCAAGAAGUCCUCCUUUUUAUCUGCCUCCUCUGCUGGUGCUUCCGCUCAAUCAUCGGGAAACGGUAGCGCGACGGGGAACACCAGCCACCAGACGAACAUCCAAUCGACGUUCCGGAAGAAACCAAUCCCGGUCGGGCAAAAAGGCAUCGAAUUGCAAGCGCACAUCAACUCGACGUUAGGAAAUAACGGGUCGUUACGCGACGCGGUGAAAUUACCGAAAGGUGAAGACGAACUCGAAUGGAUCGCGGUGAACGUGGUUGAUUUUUUUAACGCGCUGGUUUUCCUCUACGACGUGGUCAACACGGAACACUGCACGGAGAAGACGUGUCCGACGAUGUGCGCCGGGCCGAAGUUUGAGUACCGAUGGAUGGACGGGGAGGAAGUUAUGAAACCGAUGGAGUGUUCUGCGCCGGUGUAUUGCGGGUAUCUGUUCAGAUGGGUGGAGAAGCAAAUCGACGACGAGAAGAUAUUCCCGAAGAAGCAAGGCGACGCGUUCCCGCGGGAUUUUAAGAAGAGGGUGAAGAAAAUCGCGGCGAGGUUGUUUCGAGUGUACGCGCAUUUGUACCACUCGCACUUCAAGAUUAUUUGCGCGUUGCAAGCGGAGAAACAUUUGAACACGAUAUUUAAACAUUUUGUGUAUUUUGCGGUAGAAUUUAGUUUGAUUAGUAGCGAAGAGAUGAUGCCGCUGAGAGAGUUGGUGGACGGCGUGUUGCAAGCGCCGUGA